AUGAAUCAAAAGAACACAACUCGGGUCUCUGAAUUCCUUCUUCAUGGUUUCUCAUCCCAGCCAGAAGUCCAAAGAGUCCUUUUCUUGCUCUUCCUCUCCAUGUAUUUAUUCAACCUCUUCGGGAAUAUAACAAUCAUCUUGUCGAUCCGCUCUGAUAUGCAGCUCCUACAAACGCCCAUGUACUUCUUCCUCAGUUAUCUUGCCCUAGCUGAUUUGGGGUUUGCCACCACCAUUGUCCCCAAGACUCUAGUGAACUUGCUCUCUCACAAAAAGUCCUUCACUUACUGUGGUUGCCUGACACAGAUGUUCUUCUAUAUAUAUUUCGGCAACGCAGACAGCUACCUUCUGGCCUCCAUGGCUUAUGAUCGCUAUGCGGCAAUCUGUCGACCAAUGUACUAUUCCACCACGAUGAGCCACAAGCGCUGUCUCCAGCUGGCCGCAGUGUCCUGGACUAUCCCUUUCUUCCACUCUUUGCUUUACACCGUUUUGAUGGCUCGUGUGGAGUUCUGUGACCCCGGGGAGAUCCGCCAUUUUAUCUGUGACAUUUACCCUGUUCUGGACGUGUCUUGCUCAGACACCAAAGUUUUAGAUUUAGUACUGCUGACAGAGGGAGUAGUGGAGAUCCUGGGACCCUUUGUGUUCAUUAUCAUUUCCUACAUAUUCAUCUUCGACUCCAUCAUCAAGAUUCCAUCCGCCAUUGGGAAACGCAAGGCCUUCUCCACGUGUGGGUCCCAUCUGUGUGUGGUGGUCUUGUUCUAUGGUGGUGUCAGUUGGGUCUAUUUCAAGCCAAAGGCCAAGAACCCAGGCCUCCGGGACACAGUCGCUACUGUGAUGUAUACUAUGGCAAUCCCCAUGCUAAAUCCAUUCAUCUACACCCUCAGGAACAGUGAGAUGAAAUCAGCCAUGAAGAGGGUCAUCAGGAAGCAUUUCCACUGA